AUGUACAUGAAGUGCAGUUACUUUAGAAAAAGGGUAAUUGGUUAAACAGCUUAACAUUUUGCUACCCGUUUAGUAGUUAACUCCCAAUUAACGUUAGCGUCUGUAGCUAAUAAACUGGAUUAUUAUUUAAUUGAUUUCGCAUCGCAGAGAAGGUUGGGUUGUAAAACUAUAUCCAGGUAGUGAAGGUAUCUGCCUUAGAAGCAACUCUCUGGUUUGGCCUCCUUCAUUAGCCAUGGAGAAGGAUGCCAGCUUGGAGGAACAGGAAAACGGUCACAAAAUAACCGAACUGCUUAAAGACAUGACAGGAACAUCACCAUACAGAUACACGAAGGAAGAGCUUUUGGAAAUCAAAGAAUUGCCCAUUUCAAACGAGAGACCGGAAUGUUUGUCAGAGAAAUACGACAGUGAUGGUGUGUGGGACCCUGAAAAGUGGCAUGCCUCACUGUACCCGUCAGAGUGUAGCUCUCCAGUGGAGGGUUACAAGAAAGAUUAUACAGAGGACAGAGUGCCACUCAAGCGCAGAAUCGCAGAUCCGAGGGAGAGAGUGAAGGAAGAUGACCUGGAGGUGGUGCUCAGUCCACAGCGUCGCAGUUUUGGUGGGGGUUGCCAGGGAAACGCCGUGUCUGCUCCCCUGUCUCGGCGGCCGGUCAGUCCGCUGGAUAACAAAGAGAACGAGAACCUGAGGCUGGGCGGCCCGCGGCGCAUCGGCAGCGGACGGAUCAUGGCCGGCCGAGCCUUCGAGCGAGAGCCUCGCAUGGAAAAAGACAGGGAAAGGGAACGAGACAGAGACUAUAAGGACAAGAGAUUCAGGAGAGAUUUUGGAGACAAACGCGUGUUCAGCGAGAGGAGAAGGAAUGACUCUUAUGCGGAGGAGGAGCCUGAGUGGUUCUCUGGUGGGCCCACCAGCCAAUCGGAAACCAUCGAGCUCACUGGUUUUGAUGACAAGAUCCUAGAAGACGAUAAACGGAGGCCCAAACGCUCUAAGAAGAGACCAGAAUCUUUGAGAGAAGCAGAAUGUAACGGAGGUUUGGCUGAGGAACCAGAGCUCGUCCGUGAUUCUGGGGCCGACCAGGAAGUCCCUCGCUCCGAGGUUCUUCCGGAACAAAACGCGGGAGAGUUCGACUUCAACGAGUUCUUCAACCUGGAGAAGACGGUGCCUGGCCUGGCUUCGAUGAUCGAGGAGGUUCUGGGGGAAGGCUCGGUGUCGGCCAGUCGUUUCAGCCGCUGGUUCUCCAGUAACGUGAGCCCGUCGGGCAGUCACUCCAGCAGCCUGCGCUCCACGCCGCACGAGGAGCUCGAGAGACUGGCAGGCCUGGACCCACACAGCAGUUCCCCCAGUCAAGGUCCCACCCCCUACUUCACUCCCAUCCAAUCGGUAGAGCGCAAGGACAAAGUGGACAUCCUGGAGCUAUUGCAUAAAGCCAAGAUUGACCUGAAGCCCCUCCUCUCCAGCCUCUCCGCCAAUAAGGCGCGUCUGCAGGAGAGCUCUCACACAGGAGUGGUGCUGUCUCUAGAGGAGGUGGAGGGUGGCCUGAAAGAUCUGAAAGUGAAUGCCGAACCCGCGCAGCCGCGGGCUCGGACGCCUGCGCAGACGCCGACUGGGGGCUGCGGCACGCCCUUUAUGGCCGAGCAUUUGGAACAGGCUUUAACGGGUGGGUCUGUGACCGGGCCCCGGAACCGGGAUCCAGACAUGUCCGCCUUUAAUAAACUGGUCAGCACCAUGAAGGCAAGUGGAACCUUGCCCAGUCAUCCCAAAGCCAACGCCAGCAACAAGGCGGAGCCUGCCCUGGUGCCCUUAUCUGAACCUCAGGUGUCCGCAGCCCAACAGAAAAACAUCUUCCAGGAGCUGCUGGGUGCCCAGACAGCCCCGCGAGCAGGUUCCCCCUCCCUCCUGAGCAGUUUGUUGGCAAGCCCCGAUGGAGCUCCUGCUCCUCCUGCUCCUGGACUAUUACACCCCAGAGGAGCAUCACCUCCCCUCUUCUCCCAGAGAGGCCCAAUACAGGACUAUUACAUGCAGCCUCCAACAGGUUUCCCUGUCGGUGCUCAGACAAUGAUGGGAGAGCAGAUAGCAGAGAUGCGUCGUUCCAUCAGCCCUGGACCCAACUCCCAACAGCUGAGGGCACUAUCUAUGGCUUUGGAUCAGGCAGAAUUGGAGGCAGCCUUGGCCUUCCAGCAGGACCUGGCUCUCCACCCCCGAACUCAGUAUCAGCAGGGCUACAACAAACAAGUCCAGGACAAUAAGGCCUAUCGCAACAGACAGCCCAGGAUGAACCGCUCACCCGGACCCAUCCCACCCGGCAGGAGUUCCCCGGGCAGCGCCGUCACCAGCGUGCUGUCUCCGUCAUUCAUGCCCACGUCAGUGAUCAAGAAGAUGUACGAGAGUAAAGAGAAGAGUAAAGAGGAGCCAACCAGUCGACCCAGCAGCAAAGAGGACACGGCUGUAAACUCCCAGGAAGACAGUUCAUCGCCCAGCUCUUUCCUGGAGGGGGUGGAGGGCGGCGGCUCUCAGGGCGGAGGUGUAAAAGCUUGCUCGACGCCGGUACCUGCCCAGAACCGCCACUCCAAAGACCAGGAGCGGCCCAGACCCGGUUCCACCGGGCCGCACCACACCCCCACGAUGCUGUCGCCCGGCCCAUCCUCUCCGUUCCCCAGGCCAGUUUACCCAGUUCCGCUGCUAUCCCACGUCCCACUGGUGCGUGGUCCUCCGCCCCAGCUCCACCCCAGCGUGGUGCAGAGAAUGCUCGCCCAGGGCAUCCAACCCCAACAGUUACCCGCCUCACUGCUCCAAGCAGGUAUGUUUCCUCCGACAGUGGACUUGGCUCAGCUGCAGGGUUUACCCCCUGCCCUCCUGGGCCAGCCCCUGUACCCGCUGGGCACAGCAGGGCACCCUCUCAUGGCCCCGCGGGCUUCCGCGCACGUGCAGUUAGCAGUCAUGCAGCAGCAGCUACAGCAGCAGCAGGCGCAGACGCAGCUGAGAGCACCUCUGAAUCCAGGAGGCCCUCAGUCCCAAAGCCACGGCCCUCAUCGGACCAACCAUUCUCAAAGGAGAGGGGGAAGCCCACCCCUGGGCCUGGCCAAAUGGUUUGGCUCGGACGUGUUGCAGCAACCCCUCCCCUCAAUGCCCUCCACUAAAGUCAUCAGCGUGGACGAGCUGGAGUUUCGGCAGUGAUGUGUUGUUUUUUU